AUGUUCAAGAUGCUUCCUGGCUUGUUCAACCACGCGGACCAGGGGGUGCGGCAGUGCACCAAGGGGCUCACUGUCGAGCUCUGUCGCUGGCUGGGGAAGGACACCGUCAAGCGCUUGCUUUUUGAAGGGCUCCGUGACGCCACGAAAGCGGAGCUCGAGGCUGAGUUCGAGCGUGUCGAAGGGCGUGCUGUUCCGACAAGGAGGAUCCGUUCAGAGCAGAUGAAGGAGAUUGAGGAGCCCGAGGUGCUGGAUGCCCCAGCAGACGACUCCAAGGCCGCAGAGCCUGAGGCUCCUCCUGUGAUUGACGACUACGACCUGGCGGACCCUGUAGACAUCUUGACGCCACUAUCCAAAACGACCUUCUAUGACGGCAUUAAAGCUACCAAGUGGUCAGAGAGGCGCGAUGCCAUAGCAGAGCUGACCAAACUGGCGAGCACCAUACGCAUCGCACCAGGAGACUUUCUGGACAUUCAACGAAGCUUGAAAAAGCUGACCACAGAUGUGAACAUUGCAGUCGCCACGGAGGCCAUUCAGGCAGCUGGCAACCUGGCCAAGGGUUUACGGAAGGACUUCUCAUCUGGAGCACGACUCAUGCUGCCAGCCCUAUUGGAGAGGUACAAGGAGAAGAAGCCGACGGUGGUGCAGGCCAUUCGAGACACGCUCAAGGCGUUCUACGUCUCAGGGUGCUUGGCGCUGACGGACGCUCUCGAGGACAUCACUACGGCCGCGAAGCACAAGGUGCCGCAGGUCCGCUCGGAGGUGCUGGGGUGGGUGGCAGUGUGCAUCGAGGCCAGCAAGCGGCCGCAAGUCAUGGCGGUGCACAAGGAGCUCAUCCCCAUGCUCGUCGAGAGCCUGCAAGAUGGGACUGUGGAUGUUCGGGAGGCCGGCUUCAACGCCCUUGCGAACGUUGCCAAGUGUGUGGGGAUGAAGCCGUUGGAGAGGCACCUGGAGUCGGUGGAUGAGGUGCGCAAGAAGAAGCUCAUUGACGUCAUUGCCAGUGCUGGCGUCACUCUCGACGCCCCACCUCAAGCCACGGCCAGCAGGACCUCUGGUGGCAGCCAGGCGGCGUCCAGGGCACCUCCUCCCGCCAAGGCGUCUGCAGCCAGCUUGCUCAGUGGCAAAGCCGGAGCUCGCCCGUCAGCCACAGGCGCCAAGGUGGAGACAGGCAGCUCGGCUGCUGGUGGCAAGAAGGCAGGCAACGAUGCUAAGAAGCCGGCUCAGGCAGCUGCCCCACCAGAGGAGAUUGAGCCGGAGCCGUGGAGCCCGGAGACAGUGGAGGAGAGAGCCAAGGCAGUGCUGCCGCCAGAGAUGGUGGACAACCUCAAGAGCUCCGCCUGGAAGGAGCGCCUCGAGGCGAUGACGAGCAUCAAGGAGAUGGUUCCCAGCAUGGCAGACGCGCAGGCCAACGUUGAGACCAUAGUGCGCCUCAUCUCCACCACCCCUGGCUGGUCCGACAAGAAUGUCCAGGUGUUGCAGAAGAUGCUGGAGUGUGUGUCAGCCCUGGCUGACAAGGUGGACAGGUUCCCCAAGAAGUGUGUUGUGCUCUGCAUCGAAGGUCUUAUUGAGAGGGUUGGAGACAUCAAGACACGCAUCCAGGCCACUGCGUGUCUCACCACGCUUGCAGAAUGCGUGGGCCCUCAGUUCAUCUUCACCAGAAGCAUCCCAAUAGUGAGUGCGCACAAGAACCCCAAGGUGCUGGCGGAGAGCAUCACAUGGAUGGUCACAGCUGUCGACGACUUCGGCACCGCCCAGCUCAACCUCAAGGAGCUGUUGGAGUUUGUGAAGAACGUGGGGCUGGGCUCCAGCAAUGCGCCGUGCCGGAGUGCUGCCACCAAGCUGCUGGGCGCCAUGCACAAAUACGUGGGGCCAGAUCUGAAGGGCUUCCUGUCGGAUCUCAAGCCCGCCCUCAUGAUCUCAGUAGAAACAGAGUUCGAGAAGAACCCCCACGAGCCAUCAGCAGCGCCAACGAGAACAGUGAAGCGCCCGUCAAGCGGGGCAGUCGGUGAGGCAGCAGCAGCAGAGGGGGAGGUGGUAGGAGGCGGAGGUGGAGGGGCAGGGCUGCCUCGAGAGGACAUCAGUGCGAAGCUCACGGCUACCCUCAUCGCCAACCUGGGCAACUCCAACUGGAAGGUGCGGCAGGAGUCAAUGGACGCGGUCAAUGGCAUCGUGGAGGAGGCCAAUCGCCGCAUCCUUCCCGAAGGCACAUUUGAGGUGUUUGGGGCGCUAAAGGCGCGGCUGUCAGACAGCAACAAGAACCUCAUCAUUCUCGCCAUGAACACCAUCGCCAACCUUGCAGACGCCAUGGGCGCACCAGUCGACAAGCAGAGCCGGGGCAUCAUAUCAGACGUGCUCAAGUGUCUGAGUGACCCCAAGCGCCAGACCAGGGAGGCAGUCGUCAAGACCCUCGACUCCUGGCUGGGAGCAAUGGGCCCCGACAAAAUGAUCCCAGUGGUGGCGCCGGCGAUGGUGGACGUGAAGAUAGCAGCGGACGGGCGCAAGGAGCUGUACGAGUGGAUGCUGCGGCAGCAGGUGCUCUCCAAGAGCGAACCCGGCAGCGCGAUCACGCUGCUGCGCGCGUGUGCUGCCGGGCUGCAGGACAAGUCCCAGGAGAUCCGCAAGGCAGCUGAAGCCCUCACCACGGAGCUCGUCAAGGCCUGUGGCUGCGACGCUGUGAGCAAGGCAGCGAAGCACGACCUGCCAGCAGCAGCGCAGCCCCCCGUGCUGCUGAUAUCGGAGAAGCACCGGGUGUCAGCGGGGAGUGCGGACGGCAUGGAGGAGGACGAGGAGGAGGCGCCCACCAUCAGCCCGGCCCUCAAAGGCACAUCUCGUGGCACCAGGCCCCCCUCGCCUGGUUCUGGGGGCCGAACCGCCCUCCCCGCACCAGUGGGGCGGUCACCAGCGUCGGCAUCGAAGCUGGGAGCACGGCAGAUGCAGGCAGCACUGCAGGAGGCAGCGUUGCAGAAUGAGCCGCUCUUUAACCUCAGAGAGUCCAUCAAGGAGGAGAGGGAUCGGUCGCCACGUGGCAUCAAGGUCAAGUACGAGGAUCCCCGACCAGAGCAGCUACAAGAGCUGGAGGCGGACGUGGCGAAGAUAUUCAGGGAGGACCUGGUGCAGCGCAUGUUCAGCAAGGACUUCAAGCAGCAUGUUGCUGUCAUUGACACCUUCCACAAGGCACGCUUGCUCCCCCUCCUUCUUGUCUCGGAUCUCUGUCAUCAUGAUGCCCAUCAGUCUCAUGUCUUGUCCUCUUCAUGGCUGUACCCUCAUUGCUUCCAUACCACACAUUCUCCCCCUCUCCCCUGCACUGAUCAGGCCAUGGAGCAGCAGCCGCACGAGUUCAUCGAGGCCAUGGAGCAGCAGCCACACGAGUUCAUGGAGGUGUUGGACCUGCUGCUGCGCUGGUUUGUGCUGCGCAUAGCGGAGGCCAACACCACGUCGCUGCUGCGCGCCCUCGACUUCCUCACAGACCUCGUGCAAGUGCUCACCAUAGAGGGCUACAUCCUCACCGAGUACGAGGCCAACAUCCUGCUUCCCUGCCUUGUUGAGAAGUCGGGGCACAACAUAGCCAACAUACGGGAGAAGAUGCGGGAGCUCAUGCGGUCGCUGCCGCUGGUGUUCCCGGCGACGCGCGUGUUCCAGGCGGUGGUGGAGGGGCUGCGCUCCAAAAACAACCGCACUCGCAUUGAGUGCGUCGAGCACAUGGAAGCCAUGCUGGAGAGGCAUGGCAUUGAGACGAUGGGCAGUUCGCGGGUACCGCUGGUGACGGUGGCGGCGCUGACAACGGAGCGAGACACGGAGCUGCGCAAGGCGGCGCUGAGCAUGCUGGCGUCCGUGUAUGUGGUGCUGGGAGAUGACAUCUGGCGCCUGCUGGGGAAACUCACCGAUGCACAGAGAGGGCUCAUUGAAGACAAGCUCAAGUGGAAGGCGAGAGAGAUGGAGAAGCGCAGGGAGGGAACACCGGGGCAGCAGAGGGGCAGGCGCAUGUCAGGAGGAGCGGCAGCAGGCAUGGAGGCACCAGUACCCAUCGGAGCCCUGCCCUUGGCCACGAGGAUGCACAUGGCAGAAGCGGCCCAGCCACUAGCAGCAGCGCCCAUGCACUACCAGCAGCCCGCAUACGGCAAUGGAGCAGGCAUGGUUCCAGGCAUGCCCCCAGGCAUGCCGCACAGAGCAACAGAGCCCAUGGUAACUCCCCCAAACCACAUGGCGGCCAUGACCCGCCACCGCGCCACAGACAGCCAGGCCUAUGCACACUCGUCACAGUCAGCGCACCCGGGGCCGGAGUCGUUCUUUGAGGCCAUUCUGUUCAUUGACCGAGAAGCGGCGCCGGAGAGGGUGGUGGAGGGGCUCAAGUACCUGUUCCAUGAGAUGCGAAGGGGCAUCACGGAGGAGGACCCCCGCGUGCUCGCGGUGUUCCGCGAGCAUAUGCCGCGCUACAUCAAGAUGCUGCGCUUCCAGUUUGUGCAGUUCUUUGUGCGCUCUGUUCCCGACGCACAGGUCAAGACCUACAAGUACAUCCUCAACUCCCUGCUCACGCUGUUUGAGACCAAGUCGUUGAGCAUGCAGAUCCCCGAUGACGACCUACGGCUGCUGCUGGAGGACAUGACAAUCUUCAUGCUGCACGAGCGCGUCAAGCAGCGCAACCCAGACGACUCGUCCGCGGACCUGUGCCGCGCCGUGAACAUCCUGCUGCUCAAGAUCCUGGACACCGCGCCGUCCACGCCGCUCUUCCUCUCCUUCAUGACCAUUCUGCGCCCCACCUACACCAUCAAGGGCUCCACCGCUGCGGAUGUCAAGGGCCCCGAUGGCACGCCGCUCGCCGCACUCAUCGUCAAGUGCCUCCUGCGCAUGUGCAAGGUGUACCAUACUGAAUGUCCGCUUGAAUCCAAUCCUGCCCGAAAUUGUCGCCUUCUUCCAUCAUUGCCAUCUCUCUUUGAGAAACAUUUUCCCGUUCAUACUGGACACAUCGCCCGAAUGAACCACCAAUACCUCCGUCGCUUCAUGCGUACCACCUUUGCUCCGUGGGUGCAGAACUUCAGUGGGUACGUGGCGGACAUGGACUUUGACCGCCUGCUGUUUGGCAUCCACCAGUACUUCAGCGACUUCUCCCACGCCGAGCUCCGCAGGAGGUGCCAUGCCACGCUCACAGCGUCACUCAAGCCACCUGCUCUUGCUGCUGCUGUCAUGACCACGGAUGAGCGCACACUAUCCAUGUUCCGCAAGAUUCUGGCGGAGGCGGUGGCAGCCAAGGGGCCGGCCAUCAAGGGGCACCUGUCGCUGAUCCCCAUCGACGAGACACCGCAGCCGUUCAUUCUGCAGCAGGUCGACCUCGUGCUCCAGCAGGUGCUCGAACGCUCCUCCGCCGCUGAUGCGGACGCCGCUGCAGUGCCUGAUGACUCCUCGCUGCCUGACCAGGACGAGUUGCAGAGCAUAGUGCGCAAGAUAGUGGAUCGCAAGCAAGGGGCAGUCAGCCUUUUCGAGCUGCACUACUACAUGCAGUCUCACCCUGGGAUUGACGUGUUUGCGCGGAUGUCCAGCAUCAGUGAGACGAUGAGGGAGUACCUGCAGAUGGGCAUCCUCCGUGCGCUCCCCCUCUCAUGUGCCCCCCCUCUCCUGCGCUCCCCCUCAUGCGCUCCCCCUCUCAUGUGCUCCCCUCUUCACCCUCCCACAUCACAGAUUGACGUGUUUGCGCGGCUAUCCAGCAUCAGCGAGACAAUGAGGGAGUACCUCCAAAUGGGCAUCCUCUGCGUGCGAGAGCACGUAGCGCGUGGCGGCACCUUUGCCACCUUCGAUGCCUCUGUGCUUGAAGCAGGCGCUGCUGCCUCCGUGCCGGAAGCAGGUGCUGCAGGAGGCAUGAGAUGGCCUUCCAGGGCAGUGCCCGCCAUGUCGGUGCCAGAGCAGCAGCAUCUGCCAUUGAGUGGGUUGCAGCCUAAUGUGGUGCAACGGGGGGCGGGCGACGGGGGGAGUUACGGGAGCAGUGCAGCGGAUGCAGCGGCGUAUGAGAUGUCAAAGAUGAGGCUCAACGGGCAACAUUCAGGUGUCAACCUCAGAUACUGA